GAAGCUUUUUCUCGAACUCACACGGCGUGGAGCUGAGAGCAGAGGAGGGACCAUGAAGUACGCCAUCAUUGUCGUUGUCGGCUGUAUCGCCGCCGCCUUGGCCCUGCCGAGGGCGAAGCGUGCCGCCUACGAGCUCCCAGACGGCGCCGAGCUAAUCGUGGGGUCUAUCAAGACAUCCUUUACGUGCCCGGCCAAGAUCGGCUACUUUGCCGACGUGGACAACAACUGCCAGAUCUUCCACGUGUGCAACGUGGUGCCCAAGGACGACGGUAGCGCCGAGGUGCAGCAGUACAGCUUCUUCUGCGGCAACCAGACCGUCUUCAACCAGUUCUCGCUCACCUGCGCCUUCCCGGAAGACGCCGUGGCGUGCAGGAGCUCGCCGGACUUCUUCUACCUGAACGACAGGAUCGGCCAGGAGAAGGUGAACCUGCACGACGAGAGCGACGUGCAGCGCGCCCUCCCGCUCAUUCCUCGCUACCAGCAGCAGUUCAAGGCCUGAGCCAGAGACUCCCUUCUCCUGCUCGGGCAGCCUUCCUUCGCCGCUUUGCGCGGGCACGCCCUUGGCUCCACUUCUCGGUUUCCCAGCAUUCUGUCAUGGUUCGACGAACGAACUGCCCCUCUUCAUCGUAGAUGUACAUAAAGCCACCCGGGACCUGUGUAUAUAUUUCAAUGGGAGCAAAGCGUGCAGCCCGCUCAGGUCUGCCAGCCCCGUCUUCUGUUUUACUGCGAGCUUCGCCUCCCUUUUGCUUCGUGUGUGUAAACCCUUUUCGGAGCAAUAAACGCACAGUACAUGCA